AUGUCGGGAGGGAAGCCGCAGCCCCGGGCUGGCAAUGCUGUCUACGAUCCGCCCACCGACAAGAAGCCACUAUUCCGCGGCUUGUGCAAGAGUUUGUGGCGAGCCUCGGGGCCUGUGGUCAUUCUGACCAUCGUCAUACUGGUGCCAUUUUAUGCAGUCAAACUGGCUGAUGUUUUUGGCGAGGUGCGCCAGCUUCGAACCCGUAACCGUAUGAUUGAGUUACAAGUAGCCCAACUGAAACGUGUCCCUGGGCCUCCAGGACCCCCCGGACCCCCAGGUGACAAGGGAUCCAUGGGACCAGCUGGCCCUACUGACCCAUCAGGUGAAGGGGGUCCCCUGGGGCCAGCUGGCCCUGGGUUCGCCGACCCUUCAUAUCCUCCCAGAUCUCAUGGUGAAAAUGGUUCCAUCGGACACGUUGGUAUUGCCGGCCCUCCUGGCCCUCCGGGUGAUAGCGGACCCGAGGGGCCAGCUGGUCCUGGGUUUCCCGGCCCUCCAGACCCUCCCGGUGAAAAGGAGCCCAUCGGACAAGUUUGUAUUGCCGGCCCUCCUGGCCCACCUGGCCCUCCUGGUGAAAAGGGUCCCAUGGGACCAGCUGCUCCUGGGUUGCCCGGCCCUCCCGGUGAAACGGGUCCCAUCGGGCCUGCAGGUUCGGGGAUUCCCGGUCCUCCAGGCCCUUCUGGCCCUCCCGGUGAACCGGGGCCUAUCGGGCCAGCUGGUCCUGGGUCCCCCGGCCCUCCAGGCCCUCCAGGUAAUGAUGGUCUCAUCGGGCCAGCUGCUCCUGGGAUUCCCGGCCCUCCUGGUCCACCAGGUCCGCCUGGUCCUCCCGGUGAAAAGGGGUCCAUGGGACCGGCUGGUCCCGUGGCUGUUGGACUACCAGAACCUGAAUCCGAACAGAUCGAGCGAAAUGAAGGUGAGUCAGAGGAAAGUGUUAAACAAGAUAAUUUCAGAUGGAUGAGAAAUAGAUGUUUAGCAAAAAUCACAUAUAAGGCAUACCUCUUGCUAUCCUAA